AUAAAAACUACGAUAUUGGGUUGGGUAUUAUUGAUCGAAACUUUGAACGCCAUAAUACAUUUGUUUUAUGUAUUAUAAUCGUAAUAAAACUCUAUUCUAUUGAUAAUACGAGAUAUUAAGUUUUGUGAAGCUAUUUUAACCUAAUAUACCUAACGACAUAGGUACAAACCUGGCGAAAGUAAAAAAUUCAGUCGUUAAUUUCUUACACUGUAAAUAUUUUCCUUUUAUAUUUUUAGUAACCGUAAAAUGCAAUCAAUUGAACAAAAUGCUUACAAAAUUAGUUUCAUCGAAGUCACGCAGAGUUUCCCGCAGUCUUCGCUCUAAAUUUCCGUAUUACUUGUAUCGAUUUUCUUUCAAAAAUUAUCUUCAAACGAAUAAAAAUGUUAGGGCGAAAACAGAGCUUGAAGGGAGAACCGGUCCUUGCGGAUUAUGGUCCAGAAGAGUCAUUAAAUGAAAGUGCUGACAUAGAAUGGGUGAAUAAGCUUUGGGUAAGAAGAAUUCUCCGUUCUUGUGCUCUGUUGAGUUUGAUGUCAGUUUCUUUAAAUACCCCAAAAUCCUUUGAAAAGUAUCCUUAUCUUCAAACAGUUACUUUUGCAGUAGACUGCUGUGUCACCUUGUUAUUUACAGCUGAAAUGAUUGCAAAAAUGCAUAUUAGAGGGAUACUAAAGGUAAACAAUUUUUUUAUUUUACUUAAAUAUGUAUAUAUUCAAUUUAAAACACUUUUCUACAAGAAAAGGAAGGUCUUGAUUCGUUUCUUUACAUGGAGUUUACUUGUAUUAUUUAUAUAUUUUCAGGGUGAUGUAGCCUACCUGAAAGAUCAUUGGUGCCAGUUUGAUGCAUCUAUGGUAUUUUUUCUGUGGGUUUCUGUUUUAUUACAAAUGUUUGAGUUGACUGGAAUUGUACCAAGAUACAGUUAUUUAAGCAUUCUGAGGGCUCCGCGUCCACUGAUCAUGAUUCGAUUUUUGAGAGUUUUCCUGAAAUUUUCUAUGCCGAAGUCUAGGAUUAAUCAAAUAUUCAAGAGAUCGAGCCAACAAAUCUACAAUGUCACCUUAUUUUUCCUUUUCUUUAUGUCAUUGUAUAGUUUGUUAGGUGUUCAGUUUUUUGGAGAGUUAACUCAUCACUGUGUCAGGAAUGAUACAAAUCCAGAUGAAGUAACAAUAAAUUCGCUUGCCAUACCAGACACCUUCUGCUCUCCCGACCCUGAUUCAGGCUACCAGUGUCCUUCUGGCAUGAAAUGCAUGAAGUUGAAUUUGUCUAAAUAUAUCAUGGGGUUUAAUGGAUUUGAAGAAUUUGCUACUAGCUUGUUUACUGUCUACCAGGCAUCCUCCCAGGAGGGGUGGGUGUUCAUCAUGUACAGAGCUAUAGAUUCUUUGCCAACUUGGAGAUCUGCUCUUUACUUCAGCACUAUGAUUUUCUUUCUGGCGUGGCUGGUGAAGAACGUGUUCAUAGCUGUGAUAACGGAGACAUUCAACGAAAUCAGAGUUCAGUUUCAGCAGAUGUGGGGUGUUCGGAACCCCAUUACUAAAGGCAGCACCACACAAUUUUUUACGGGUGAUGACAAUGGUUGGAAACUUGUCACUAUUGAUGAAAACAAACAUUCUGGAAGUGCACCAGAGAUAUUACACAAGAUGCUAAGAUCAGCAUACUUCAGGCUUCUGGUAAUGGGCGUAGUUCUGGCCAAUGGCAUUAUAACAGCAACAAUGAACUUUAAACAUGAUGAUAAUCCCAGAGAAUUCUUCUAUGAAAAAUAUUAUUACAUAGAAAUUGCCUUCACAAUAUUCUUAGACCUGGAAGCACUCAUUAAGAUUUGGUGUUUGGGACUAAAAGGCUACUUCAAGCAUUCUGUUCACAAAUUUGAAUUACUUUUAGCUAUUGGGACUACCAUCCACAUUAUUCCUCAGCUCUACAUGUCUGUGUUUACGUAUUUCCAGGUUUUGCGCAUAGUAAGAUUGAUAAAAGCGUCACCGUUGUUAGAAGGAUUCGUUUACAAAAUUUUCGGGCCAGGCAAGAAACUCGGAAGCCUCAUAAUCUUCACCAUGUGCUUGCUAAUUAUCAGUUCGUCUAUAUCAAUGCAGUUAUUCUGUUUUCUAUGCGAGUUUACGAAAUUUGAAACAUUCCCUGAGGCAUUCAUGUCUAUGUUCCAAAUAUUGACUCAAGAGGCUUGGGUAGAAGUUAUGGAUGAGACUAUGGUGAGGACCAGCCAAACACUUACCCCUCUCGUAGCUAUAUAUUUUAUCCUGUACCAUCUUUUCGUCACAUUGAUUGUGUUAUCGCUUUUCGUAGCGGUUAUUUUGGAUAAUUUGGAGCUUGACGAAGAUAUCAAAAAGCUGAAGCAAUUGAGAUACCGGCAACAGAGUGCUGAGAUUAAAGAAAGUCUACCUUUUCGCUUGAGAAUAUUCGAGAAGUUUCCCGAUAGCCCUCAGAUGACUAAAUUGCACAAAGUACCUGGUGAUUUCAAUUUGCCAAAGGUGCGAGAAUCUUUCAUGCGUCAAUUCGUAUGCGAAGACGGUGAAGAGGAGCUAGGUGUGGCGGCGGGGGUGGUCGGCGGGGGCGCGGGGGCGGCGGCGGCCCGCGCUCCGCAAGCCGAGCGUCGCGCCAUAGAAUACAUCGGCCAGCCCAAGAUCGCGUUCUUGUAUCGCAAGCGGUGUCUCGUCAAGACCUUAGUGGUGGCCCCGCCUUCGCAGCGCCCCAGCUCGGCGCUGCGGAGACACGUGGUCAGCUCCAUCAUCGAAGAUUCCAACAACCACCGGCCUCUGUUGGGAGACUCCGCUAUGUUGGCUACGGGCGGCAAGUCGGGCCUGAAGCCACAAGGAACCAUCUCCAGCGCGAAGCAGCUGCGGGUAGAUCAAAAAAAGUUCGGUUCGCGUUCGAUUCGGCGGUCGGUGCGCAGCGGGUCCAUCAAGCUGAAGCAGACGUACGAGCACCUGCUGGAGAACGGGGACAUUGGUGCGGCCGCGCGCGUCGUGCCCGCCGCCCGCGCGCGGCCCCCCUACCUCGACAUCCGGUUGCUGCAGGCCAAGCGCCAGCAGGCCGAGAUGAGGAGAAACCAGCGCGAGGAGGACCUGCGCGAGAACCACCCGCUGUUCGACACGCCGCUGCUGCUGGUGCCGCGCGAGUCCCGCUUCCGCAAGGUGUGCCGCGCCAUCGUGGACGCGCGCUACGACGCCCGCCUCCGCGACCCCGUCACCGGCAACGAGCGGAAAGUGCACUAUAAGAGCUUCCAUAAUUUCCUCGGGCUAGUAACAUACAUGGACUGGGUAAUGAUCAUGGUGACCACACUAUCCUGCUUUUCUAUGAUGUUUGAGACGCCUGCCUACAGAGUUAUGGAGAACUUUGUUUUGCAAAUUGCGGAAUAUGGCUUUGUUAUAUUCAUGAGCCUAGAACUGGCACUGAAGAUACUAGCAGACGGACUUUUCUUUACUCCCAAAGCGUAUUUAAAAGAUGCUGCUGCUGUCCUCGAUGUAUUUAUUUACAUUGUGUCGCUGACGUUCUUGUGCUGGAUGCCGGUGCGCGUGCCGCCGGGGUCGCUGGCGCAGAUGCUGAUGAUCCUGCGCUGCGUGCGGCCGCUGCGCAUCUUCACGCUCGUGCCGCACAUGCGCAAGGUGGUCUACGAGCUAUGUCGCGGCUUCAAGGAGAUCCUGCUGGUAUCAACAUUGCUCAUCUUGCUCAUGUUCGUAUUUGCAAGCUAUGGUGUGCAGCUGUACGGCGGAAGACUGGCCCGCUGCAACGACCCGACGAUCAAGCGACGCGAGGACUGCGUGGGCGUGUUCAUGCGGCGCGUGUUCGUCACCAAGAUGAAGCUGCGGCCCGGGCCCAGCGAGACCUUCCCCUCCAUGCUGGUGCCUCGAGUCUGGGCAAAUCCAAAGAGAUUCAAUUUUGACAAUAUCGGCGACGCGCUGCUGACACUAUUCGAAGUACUUUCAUUCAAGGGCUGGUUGGACGUACGCGAUGUCCUUAUAAAAGCAUUGGGACCGGUGCAUGCGAUUUACAUACACGUGUACAUAUUCUUGGGCUGUAUGAUCGGCUUAACGCUGUUCGUGGGCGUCGUGAUCGCCAACUAUUCGGAAAAUAAAGGCACUGCCCUCUUAACAGUCGACCAGAGAAGAUGGUGCGACCUGAAGAAGCGGCUGAAGAUCGCGCAGCCGCUGCACCUGCCGCCGCGGCCCAACAAGCGCAAGGUGCGCGCGUUCGCGUACGACGUCACGCAGAACCUCAGCUUCAAGCGCGUCAUCGCCAUCGUCGUGCUCGUCAACAGUGCGCUGCUCGCCGUCACGUGGUCGCGCUACUCCCAGUACACGGAGCAGCUAGCGCUGACGUCGGCGCUGCUGACGCUGGUGUUCGUGGUGGAGGUGCUGCUGAAGACGAUCGCGUUCACGCCGCGCGGCUACUGGCAGAGCCGCCGCAACCGCUACGACCUGCUCGUCACCGUCGCCGGCUGCAUCUGGAUCUUCAUGCAUUUCAUUCUCAAGAACGACCUCUCAUACUUCGUGGGCUUUAUGGUGGUGAUCCUGCGCUUCUUCACGAUCACAGGCAAGCACACCACGCUCAAGAUGCUGAUGCUGACGGUCGGCGUCAGCGUAUGCAAGAGCUUCUUUAUCAUAUUCGGCAUGUUUCUGCUCGUGUUUUUCUACGCACUCGCCGGCACCAUCGUCUUCGGCAACGUCAAGUAUGGCGAGGGCAUUGGCAGACGCGCGAACUUCAACUCGCCGAUCCACAGCGUGGCGAUGCUGUUCCGCAUCGUGACGGGCGAGGACUGGAACAAGAUAAUGCACGACUGCAUGGUGGCGCCGCCGUACUGCACGCCCGCCGACAACUACUGGGAGACCGACUGCGGCAACUUCACCGCCUCGCUCGCCUACUUCUGCACCUUCUACGUCAUAAUCACCUACAUCGUGCUCAACCUGCUAGUGGCUAUUAUAAUGGAGAACUUUUCCUUGUUCUAUUCUAACGAAGAAGAUGCUCUGCUCUCGUACGCUGACAUUCGAAAUUUCCAGAACACGUGGAAUGUCGUCGAUGUUCACCAGAAAGGAGUCAUACCAGUAAGAAAGGUGAAAUUCAUCCUCCGCCUUCUAAAAGGGCGGCUGGAGUGCGACACGCACAAGGAGCGGCUGCUGUUCAAGUACAUGUGCUACGAGCUGGAGCGGCUGCACAACGGCGAAGACGUCACAUUCCACGACGUUAUUAAUAUGCUGUCCUAUCGGACGGUUGAUAUCCGCAAGUCACUGCAGAUGGAGGAGUUGCUCGCGAGAGAAGAGUUCGAGUUCUUGAUAGAGGAGGAGGUGGCCAAGCAAACCAUCCGGACGUGGCUCGAAGGUUGCUUGAAGAAAAUACGGGCCAACAGCAGUAAACAGCAGACAAGUCUAAUUGCCGGACUGAGAAAAACAAACGAGCAAGCUGUCGACAUGAAUAAUGAGAAGACUGACAAAGAGAAAAUGGAGGCAGAAGUUCAGCAAGCAAUCGCGAACAUAGGCCGAGCGGAAAUCACCGAAUCAACAUCCCAACCUGUAAUUUCCACCAUUGCGUCUUCUGAUACUCAGAUCAAGAGGUCAUCCACCAAAGGUCCUUUCAAAAGGCCAGGUUUGCCGUCCGUCACUAUACCGAGGCCUGAGAGUCCUGUCAAAAAAUAUCUGCAACCGACAUUGAGCGACCCGCAUCCCGCAUUAAACAAGAAAUCGCCAACGGCGGUGAGCGGACGCAGAGCGGCGUGGAGCGCGGAGGCGCUGCGCGAGCUGCACGGGUGGUGGGCCGGCCAGCUGCCGGGCGCCGGCGGCGUGUAGCCUACGUUUUCGAUAAACAUUUUUGGUUUCAAGAAAAGCUACGCAUGUAUAUAAGUAUGCGUUGCAUAUGCGCAACUCGACAUAAGGGGGCUUACCGUCAUCUCUUAAUGCGAUUCAGUCCAGGACCUAAACUGAUCUGCAUCGCAAAUUCGUACCAUUAACAUGAUAUAAUGAUCCAUUAUAUGUAGUGACCGAAACAAUACGCCAAUUCGAUUUCAUUCACUCAUUUUGCAUACAAUUCCGUACCAUGAUGUGCAUUGAGAACGUAAACUGGAUAGCUUAGCUGUCAAAAUAGGCGAUUCAAAAAAGUUACUAUUUCAGAUAGGUUUCCACGAUAGAAGUCCCACAGACGUGGAACUACCUGUCUAUCUGUUAUUGAUAGUUCCUAAUUUUGCCACGGAAACUCUUUCGUGGUACGGUUUUUAUGUUCCGAACUUUGUGUUUAGAUGUUAUGACCAACAAAUUUUUAGUCUGCAUAAUAUUGCAUUUAUUUGAAUUUAAAUAUUUUAUUUCAUUGUGUUUUGUAUUUACUAUAGUCAUGUAACAGCAAGAUAAUAAUAUACAUUUUAAUUUUAAGUAACAAAAAAGUACGUAUUGUUUGCCCAAAAUGGUAAGAAUUUAAUAUCGGAACGCAACUCUUGAUACGAGAUAAAAUAUAUCGACAUCGUAAAGCCUUAUCUCUUUCUUACAUUUGGCUACUGUCACUGGGGUUUACGAUACAGAGACAAUUUUUAUUUUUUAAUUGAUUUCAUUCACUCCUUACGAUUCAAAUGCGACUUUGUUAAGAUUUGUUGGUACCAAAUAACGCGAUUCAUUUUAGGUUCCUAAACUGAACUGCCCUACAAUUACAAUACAAUCGUUUUGUAAUAGUUGAUGGUAGGCCCGUCGUGAGUUCGUCGAUAAUGUAUCCGGCAUUGUACGCAUGGGCGAUGUAACGUUAUGUUGAUUAGUAUCGAUGUUACAUUUGAGUUGAUUCUAUGUAGUGCCAAAUAUUUGUGAAAUAAAUACGACAUUAG